AUGUCUCGGAGUGACCUGAUGCCCAGCAAAAGAGGGCCCUCAGGGCCAAGGGAGGUGGAGGGGGGAGAGGUGGUUACCGGGCUUAAACAGAACGAGCGGGUACUGGGCAUUCGCUGGGUACCGGCGCUAAUUGGUAAGUUCACAAUCCAGCUUGUCAUGGAGCAGAUGGUGCCGAUGCGGGCGCUGCGAAACUCGCAAGUUCGGGAGGACUCACUGUCCACACGGAUUGGCAGCCCGGACGUAAAGGCCUUUGAAACCCCGUCUAGUCAGCUGGGUCUCGCGCAUUUUCUAGCCCUAGAGUCAGGACAACAGCAGCCAUGGCACAGCCCGGGCUUACCCUGGGACUUCAAGCGGUCAGAGGAGUACAAGGUGUGGCACGCCGCUAUCAAAAGCGAGCACCCCCAACUGCCCGACUACCUGAUUGACAUUGCAAUCGCAACAUACCGUAGCGCCGACCCCAAGUGGAUCAAGGAGCUGGUGCGGCAGGCCAAGAAGGAGGAGCACGCUGCAGGAGGGAAGGCGCCACCGCGCGCAGCGCCCACAAGCACUACUGUCGACGAUGCAGGGGACUGGCGGGAUGGCAUGCACUUUCUUGACCUGCCAGAGUGGCUUGUGGGAGACACCUCUGAGUGGCAGAUAGCCAUCGAGUCCUUCAUCGUGAGCGUCAAUACAGUGCCCACAAACUCCAUUUACUUCAUCGAGAGCAACACCCUCACCCAGGGCAACUCCUACUCGACACUAACCAAGAGCGCAGGCUACCAGCUCAUGCCCACGGUGGGGUCCGUGUUCACACGCAUCAUCCCCAGCAACCUGCUUGGCAUCCGCGUCGGCAGCGCCUCCAUCCUGCACGGCAGCCUGCACAACUUUCGGCUUGUGGGCAUUGAUGGCAACCUGAUUCCCCCAGAUGUGUUUGGCGCCGGCAUCACCCCCAUCUGGAUGAUGACCCUCAUUGCAUACCCUGUGCCGUCCGGUGAUUUUUGGGUGACGCUCCCCCACGCGGCAAUCAAGCUGGACUGCACCCGUGGCCGCAUCAAGGUGUCAGUCGUGUCUGCGGUGGUCAACCGUAGCUGGUACUCGGUCACUGCCGCAAACAGCGCCUUUGCUGUCUUUGACGGCUCCUCCACCGCCAACCUGACCCUGCCCGAAGGGUACUAUGAUGUGAACAGCCUGCACACCACCCUGGCGGUACUGCUACCCGGCUGGGGGGUGACCUAUCUGCGCCUCACCAACAAGUUUCGCUUCCAGCCGCCUGCUGAUGGCAAGACCUACCGCUUCAGCUUCCCUGGCUACAUGUAUGAGCUACUGGGCUUCCAGCGUGGCUCACAGCCCACUGGUACCAGCGCCAACCCACUCGUAAGCCAGCACCCUGUCAAGCUGAACCGAGAAAACACGUUGUGUGUGCAUGCCUCCCUCCCUAAAGAAUGGGGCGCAGUGGUGGACAACCUGGCGACCUCGGGGUUUGUGGAGGGCCAUGUGCUUGUGUCCAUACCCAUUGAUGCCGCCCCAUUCGACAACAUCACCUUUGCCGCCAACGAAUCCGACAUGUAUACAUACGCCCUCAGCGCACAGCACCUGGACGAGAUAUGCUUCUGGGUGACUGACGACACAGGCCGCACCCUGGAGCCGCAGUACGAUUGGUGCAUGAUGCUGCGAGUCAUUUACACAGAGGGAGACGAUGCACUUGACACCCUGAGUGGCAGCCGUGCACUUGGCAGUGUUGGUGGAGCCAUUCGCAAAGUGGCUGAGUUCUCAGCACCCGUGGUGUGCAAGGUUGCGCAGUUUGCGCGGCCUGUCGCAAACGCAGUGAGUGGCAUCACCCUGGCCGCAGGGCAGCCUGAAAUCGCCCUGUUGGCCAAGGGUGUGAGCAAGACAGCCGACUGGGUGUCUGGCGCUGCACCAAAGGCCGAGGCCGUGCUAGAGAAGGCCAGUGCUAUUGGCACGCGCAUGCAGGGGGCGGGCAGCACGCUCAUGGCCAGGUUGCCAAGGAAGCCCGACUCCGUUAUGCCGCAGAGGCUUGAAAAAUUGCAAUUGUAUGAUUGUAUCUUGUCUCGCGGCCGUAGCGAGGUAUCGGCGCGGCGAGCUGGCCACCGAGAAAAGGCAGUUGUGCCGCAAUGA